AUGAUGGAUGGUAACGAUAAUAAUCAACCUGCAACAGGAAUAGUUCUUCAACCAGAAUUGCACUUAAAAUUUUUACUCGGAUGUAAAAAACUUGAAGAAGAACAAAAAACUAUUCGUGAAAAACAGAAAAUUGAAGAAGAACAAAAAACUCUUCGUGAAAAUAAGAAAAUUGAAGAAGAACAAAAAACUGAACGUGAAAGAAUUGCAGAAGAACAAGCAACUAAACGUCAUGAAGAAGUAGAAAAAACUAGACGUAAAAGAAUUGCAGAAGAACAAGAAACUGAACGCACGAAAAUAAAACAUACACAAUCAUUAAUAUCGAACAUUCUACCACUUUCAUCUCAUUACGAUUUUUACAUUCUUAAGGUAGAGGGUAAUCUAUAUGAUUUUGAAAUUGAUUGGAUAUCGCCAAAUGAUAAUGAUUAUUUUAACGGUGAAAUAAAAACGUGUAUUGGAAAUUAUUUGGAGAAAAUUCCAUCAUCUCGAAUACUCAGUGAAGCGAAACUUCAGAAACACGUUAAUGACUUAAUAGCUGAUUUAUUAAAUGCAUUGGGUGAUUCUACAGUAUUAAAAUGUCAAGAUACACCUUCUUCGAAAUAUUUAGCGACCAAAUUUUGUCCUGAUUGUACAUUUAUUUUUAAAAAUAUCAAUGCUGAAAAAGAUUGUUUAGAAGAUUUUGUUGUUUGUCUUGGUGAAUUAAAACGUUCGAAUAAAGACAUGACAGAGAAGAAUGUAGUUGGUCAAUUAUUACAAUAUUUAAGUUUAUUAUUAACAAUACAAGCGCGUCCAAAAAUCUAUGGUUUCCUGUUAAAUACUGAAUAUAUACAAUUUUAUUAUGUUGAACGAAGACCAAAUUCUAGUGACUAUAAAUAUUUUAAAAGUAAAAGUUUACCAAUUUAUGAUCAUUCAUCUAAAGAUUUGCCAAGUAAUGAUAACCAAAAAAUAACAACAGAUCAAACAUCAGAAGAAAAUAUUCAGUUUUGUGAAAAUACAUGGAAAAUAUUUACAAAAUUUUUAAUAAUGCAAACGGAUUUUUAUCGAUAUGAAACAUUAAAUAUAGAUCCAAAGGAUAAUGAAUUAAAUAAAUAUGAGAUUCAAAAAAGAUUAGGAUUUGGUUUAACAUCAAAAGUAUAUUUCUUAAAUAAUCGGAAAAAAAAUAUGAGAACAACACGACAAAAUACAAUACAACAAGAUAAUACUAAUACCAUUGAAAGCGGUGUAAUAAAAAUAUCAAAAGAUGAUGGAUAUUCAUCAGAAUUUUUCAAUGAAUUAGAGAUAACAAAAAAAUUAAAAGUAAAAGAUAUUGACAAGUUCAAGUUAUUUUUUCAAGAAAUUGCAUAUUCGUCGCCAAAAGGUAAUUAUUUGAUAUUCAAAAAUGAAUUAGAAAACUUAGAAUCAUUUUCAUUACGUCAAUCGGAAGAAAUAUUUGAUAUAAUUGAAUAUUUAUAUGAUUCCAAUAUUAUUCAUCGAGAUAUACGUCCAAAUAAUUUAAUGUUCGAUACAUCUACUUCACAUGUAAAAUUAAUUGAUUUUGGAUUUGCUAUUACAUUGGAUAUUAAUGAUGAAUCAAAAGAAGUACCAAUAGCAGGUACAAUAACAUAUGCUGGUUAUGAAUUUUUAAAUUUUUAUUCAAAAAUCGAACAUAAUGCAGUAUGGUCUCGAUCUUAUCGUUAUGAUAAAAAAUUUGAUUCAAAAUGUGCAUUAAAUAUUAUCAUCUAUAUGAUUAAUAGGAGUGUUCGACAUAAAUUGAAUGAAAUUGAAGAAUUACCAUCUACUGAACAAAAGACACCAAAAUUAUUAGAAUUAUGGGCGAAUGUUAAAAAAGAACAUGAAAAAUAUUCAAAUUUAUUAACUACAAUAAAUAAUUUAACUGAAUCAUCAGAAUUUCAGAAAUUAAAAGGUCAAUUAGAAGAACUUUAUGAAGAGGAAAUAGCUUUCAUGUGA